AUGAAGUUCUCUCUCUUUGCAGUCUAUGCUCUUGUAGCAUCCCUGACUAGUGCCUAUAAGAUUACCGGCGACAACGUCAACUGCCGAAGUGGUCCUGGCACUAGCUACUCCGUGAAGAGGUCCUUCAAGAAGGGGACUGAUGUCACCCUCUCUUGCCAAACCACUGGAGAAAAGGUUCUGGGUACCAAUAUCUGGGACAAAACCUCUUAUGGCUGCUAUGUCUCGGACUACUAUGUCAAGACAGGCUCCAGCGGAUUCGUCGUGAAGAAGUGCGGCACUUGCGGUGCGCCGAAAUCGAACGCCGCUACUGUGAAUCUCAUCUCGGAUUUUGAGGGAUUCAGGGCCAACAUCUACAAGGAUGCUGCUGGCUAUCCUACUGUCGGAUAUGGACACCUCUGCAGCAACUCCAAGUGCACAGAUGUCAAGUACUCUAUCCCGCUGUCCAAGGCCAAUGGCAAGAAGCUCCUGGCAACUGACAUGGCAAAAUUCGAGAAGUGCAUCACGGCUAUGGUCAGCAGUUCGGUGACGCUCAACUUGAACCAGUACGGCGCCUUGGUCAGCUGGGCUUUCAACAUGGGUUGCGGAGCCACCAAGACAUCUACCUUGAUCAAGCGUCUUAACAGGGGCGAGAACGUGAACAAGGUCUUGUCUGCAGAGCUCCCGAAGUGGGUGUACGCGGGUGGCAAGAAGCUCCCUGGUCUUGUUCGCCGCCGCAAUGCUGAGAUUGCUCUGGCAAAGAAGAAGACCACUGCCAAGGCUCUUCCGAACAAAUGUUGA